AUCGAAGAUAAGAUAAGAUAAGAUAGGCCGCUCUGUUGUGGUUUGUCGUCCGCGUCGGCGCUUCCACUUCGGGACGUAAUGCACGGGAGAAUUCAUCGGCCUCGUCGACAUAUCGCGCUCGUUCUAUUUCCAACGAUAUGCGCGAAACCUUCGGACGCGAGAAAAAGGAGAAAUUAAUUAGCGCUGUCGGUCGUCGACCUCAGGGGAAGGGGAGGAUCCACCGCGCGGACAGCCUGCGCGAGGCGCAGGAGCGCCAGGCGGCCAGGUCGGCGCCCGCCACGCCGGACGCCCUCGCAGCGCCCAGGAACCUGCAGGCCCAGCAGCAGCAGCACCGCUCGGCGCCCAGCACGCCGACCAGCGUCGCCAAGCCCACCGCUCCGCCGCCGCCGCCGCCGCCACCGCCGCCGCCCUCGGCAGGAGGAUGGCUAAGGACCAGUACGACCUUUCCGCCAGGCUUGCGCUCGCUUAUGCCCCUUGACCGGCUGCUCGUCUACCGCGAGCCCGACGGCCCCGAAGCGGCGCGCACCUGGGACACCGAGAAGCGCUACCGAGUGACGGACUUGUCGGGGCAGCAGCUGUACACGGCGGUGGAGGAGUCGUCGUGGUGCGGCCGCUGUUGCCUCGGCCAUUGCCGCGGCUGGACCUUCCACGUGCUCGACCUGCAGGGCCACGAGGUGCUGAGGAUCGAGCGACGACUGCGCUCCGCCAGCUGCUGCUUCCCCUGCUGCCUGCAGAAGGUGGCGGUCUACGCGGAAGGCGAGCUGCUGGGCUCGGCGACGCAGAACUGGAACGCACUGCGGCCUUCCUUCACCAUCCGCGACUUGCUCGACGAGCCCGUGCUCUUCAUGAAGGGCCCGCCCUGCCUCUGCCUCUGCCGAGGCGAAAUCGACUUCGUCGUGAAGUCGAUCGACAAGCUGCACAGCGUGGGCGUGAUCACGCGCAAGUGGACGGGCAUCGCCCGGGAGUUCUUCCGCGACGGCAACUGCUUCGCCGUCGGCUUCCCUGCCGAUCUGGACGCCAGGGUCAAGGCCACGCUGCUCGCCGCCUGCCUCCUCGUCGAUUUCAUAUACUUCGAAGAGGCGACAAACUUGAAUCGUAUCAACAAGUAAACUUUCACAGGCAAGUUAAGUGAGGCUUGAAAAUAUAUGUGCCAGGCUCUAUUUUCCGCAACUCGUCGCACCUUUUUAGAUUUUAAGUCGUACGCUGUUUUGUCGUGUAUCAUAUCUGGAAAAAAGGCCGCAUUUAUAAUCUUAUCUUCGAUGUAUAUCUCCCCCACUCGCCGUGUUACCUUUAGCGACAAUCGCAUGUCUCUGACAAUAAGACUGUCUUCCCGAUGUUCAUUAUUAUCACUCGUGCGUAUAUUUUUGUGAAUGUAUUUAAUGUUACUUCUAAUUGCGUUGUUACGAUAUAUAUAUUGUAUUUUAUUCACGUAUUUAAAAAAAAUGUUUUCAUGUGUUAAAUGUUUAUUAUGGUGAUGUAUUGAAUCACAUUGUUACGUAGAAUCUCGAGAUUAAAUUUUCUUAAUAAAAAAAUAAAACAUUUCUUAUUUGACGCAUGAAAGGUGUGAAAUGAGUAGACACACGAAAGCAAUCGUUAAGGUGUACGUCUUUUUAUUCGUGUUCUAAUUUCGUAUUUUCAAUACAUCUGGCGAUCUUUGGAUAGAAUAAACGAAUACUGCGAUUAGCAAAUGUGUCACGCUCACGCGCUUCAUUCUCGCACACACCUUUCGUUCGACUGCACUCGCUUUUUCAUCAUUAUCUCUUUUUUAGAUUUUUCGCUCAGUCGUUUUAAAAAAGAUCGAACGUGUAUAGCUUCAUUAAAGACAGUAAGCAGAAAUAUUAUUUCUCUUUUGAAAAGAAAAUACAUUGAACGAUCCGACCGCGCUACAUUGAUAAAUGAACGUUUUUUCCAUUGCAAACACUCACAUCCAUACCGGAUUUUUGUUCUUCGCGAUCGAGUGUGCUUACGUAUUUGUUUUUUUAUUAAUCUAAAAUAUCAUGUUUGUUAUUUUUUUUCUUCCACUUUUUCUUUAGUUACUUUGUUUUUUAGCGCUUCGCUCUAAAUGAAACGAUCACAAUUAAAAACGUUUGGAUAGCACGAGUGUGACUAUACGUGAACCAAAAUCUAUAAUUGAGCUUAACGAAAUAUAAUGCGUAAAUGAAUAGAUAUAUAAGCAGAACGAUAAAAGUGAAAAAUACAAAGGAAAAUUAUAUAUAAUACGGAAAAGCGAAGAGCAAGUUUACUCGAAUACUACGUGCUCUUUGUGUACAGCUAUAAGAUGUUUUGUCGUUACACUGAGUACUACACAAGCUAAAUAUUUAAAAAUUGAGUAAAACAAGCGAUGUCUGCACGACGAUAAUACAAAAUAAAGUGGAGCGAUAGGGGCAAAAACCGAGUAAAUACUGAAAAUCACAACAUACAAUCAUAUAGUACAAGCUGCUCGCGGUAUCCUGUUGUUUUUUUCUCCUUUGGUUAUUUUUUUUUUUGUUAUUUUUUUAGGUUUUUAAAUCUAUACCUCCCAAACCUCGAUUCCCCGGCCAUGCUUAUCUAGAUUUUUAACAAUGAAAUUAUAAGGAACUGAUCGAACUUCAAGUACCU